AUGUUUCUGUGGGGUGGUCUUGCGUGCAUCCCAACUUUUUUGUGGGAUUUCUCUGGCGUUCUUGUGAACUUACGGGUUUCUCCGGUGUUUUUGUGGAAUGGCUUUGCAUUCUUUUCUGGCGUUCUUAUAAGUGACAUUUUUUCUUCAUACGGGGCUUGUUUUGUCUUCGUUGGAUCUGGAAAUUGCGCGGACGUAGCUCUUGGUGACUUGUUUAGAUUUUGUCGGGCUAGAAUCAGGCUCUUGGUUCUUUGUGAUGUGGAAUCGGCACCAGGUUUUGGUGAAGUCGCCGUUGUUGAUGUUAUCGUCAGUAUGACGAUAUUCGUUGGUUUUUGGGGUUUGUCGAU